CGUCAAGUGUUCACAGGCGUGUAAUUUCACAAUGUCGAAGUCUCCAAGGUAUGUGAACGAUGCAACGCUCCUUCACAUCAAUGAGCUGGCUGCGAGGGUGGUCGCCCAGUCCGGGAUACCCGGGGACAGGUUCCACUUGGGCAAACUCAUCCUGCAGAGCUUGAAAGAUGAUCCGGAUUUUGUAAUGCAGAUUGAUGGUGCUACAGGGGAAUCUGUGACGUUCCAGCAAGGCCUGGAGAGGUCGGUGCGAUGCGCCAUAGCCCUCAGGAACAUGGGUCUCAGGGUUGGUGACGUCAUAGUCCUCAUGUCUCCAAACUAUUCCGACUUGGCUGCAGUAUUUUAUGCCGCGUUGUAUCUUGGAGUAGUUCUGGCGCCUGUUGAUAUGCGAAGGAGUGUUUUGGAACUCCAAAGAAUAUUUCAAGUAAAUAAACCCAAGAUCGUGUUUUGCAAAAAUGACAAAACAAGACAAGCCACAGAAGCCCUUACAGCUGCGGGACAGAAGCCGCUUAUUGUUACAUUCGAUCAAGGAGAACAAUUUAUGAUCUAUCAGGAUUUCAUUAAAAAAUACUCAGAUAACUCGCCUAGUGAAGAUUUUAGACCUCAUGAUUUUAACACAGAAGAUACAAUAUCAAUGUUCCUGACCACUAGUGGGACUACGGGGCUGCCAAAGUCUAUUGCUUGUUCACAUAAAAAUUAUGCUGUAGUUGUACCUUACUUGUGGUCACGUUUCACGAAUUUUCCCACGCCCACAAGAUUAGCAAUGGUUUGCUCUAACGUGCAAUGGACCACUGCAGUAAUGAACUAUUUAACUUCGCCAAUAAUGAGGUUCACCAGAUUACACACGUCACAACCACUGACCGUGGAACACGCAUACCAUCUUAUCAACACGUAUAAGCCAACUUUUUGUCUUCUGUCUCCUUCACUAUUGAGAUCGUGGAUCAAUCCCGCCACCAGGGAUAAGUGUAACUUUAGUUUCGAAGUGAUUUAUGUUGGAGGAAGCCAUGUUUACCAGGAGUUGCUUGACGAUGCGAAGAAAGCGAUGCCAGAAACGGAGAUUUGUAAUAUUUAUGGCAUGAGCGAGCUAUGUGGCAACGCGUUCCACUGUCGGUACCCGUCUCUGGGUUCCUGUGGGCAGCCUAUUGGCUGCCAUCAGUAUCGUCUUGUAGAUGUUGAAACUCAGAAAGAAAUAAUAGAACCAAAUGUUAAAGGAGAGUUGUGGGUAAAAGGCCCUGCCCUGAUAAAAGGCUAUCACAACAAUCCAGAAGCUACUAAGGGCGCAUUUACUGCUGAUAAAUGGUUUAAAACUGGCGACUUAUUCUACAGGGAUGAACAUUGGAACUUUUUCUUCAUGGAUAGAUUAAAACUAAUUUUAAAAUAUAAAAAUCAUAAGAUAUCACCAGCCGAGUUAGAGAGUGUAAUAUUGAAACACCCAGGAGUUCAAGACGUGGUGGUCGUUGGCAUGCAAGAUCUGGACAGUUGGGACCUGCCCGUUGCAUUCGUAAUCCGUAAACCAGACAGCAAUGUCACUGCGCAGGAUCUCAAGGAUAUGGUUAAAAGUUCACUAUCAGACGGAAAGCAGUUGAGAGGUGGUGUGGUCUUCCUGGACUCUUUUCCACUGACAGCCACCUCCAAAGUACAUCGGAUGAAGCUUCAAGACAUGGCAAUCACCAUGCACAGGGAAUGAAAAAAUAUUAAAAAGCAGUUGCUUCAAAAAUAUUUUUUAUUUGGUGUAUUAUAUGAGAACUAGUUCUAUGUAGUUAUGUACUAAAAGAUUUUUUUUAAUUAAUUUUUUUUUAAAUCUUCAUUUUAUUUCACUCUCUAUCGUCACAUUUAGUAGGUAUUUAUAAGCAGAUAUUGGCCGUAAAAUUUAUUUAAAGGCAGUAUUCAGUAGAAACAUCACGGUUACAGCUUAACUUAAAACUAAUCUACGGCUAAAAAGCAAAUACAUCUGCUACGAUUAUUUCCACGAGGGAAUUUCUUUGUUAUUUUUUUAUUUUUACUUAAUAAAGCUUUACAUUUUAGCUUAUCUUUCUUCCUAUAUCUGAGGUUAUGCGAGCAAACCGAUAGAGUGAGAUAGAAGACAAGUGUCGGGUGGGCCACACACACUUUGAUUAGGACCACUCCAUAUCUUUACAACGGAUGUCGUAUAAGGCGACUAAGAGAAAGCCUA